AUGGCGGUAGCUCUUCGUGGAGAUUGCGCUCUACUGCGCUCUACUUUAGGUGACGACGAAUUCCGUAAUGCUACGUCGAUAUACAACGCUCUCCCGGAUAUUUCAGAGCAAGGAGACGUCGAUCGAGAACGUCUGAUACUCCUUGGCAACCUGUUUGUUCUGCAUAGUAUGGAAGGUCAAUUUGGCGUGCACCUGCUCCACAGCCACCAUCCCAUCCCCGACGACACUAUCCUGCUCGGAACCAGCUACAAGGUCCCACCUGUUCGCCGCUGGGCUAAACCUACACGUAUUGAAGACCUGCGCGGCACGAAUCUUCAUGGACACACCUACGCAGUGAGAGAUGGCUCUCUGCGCCCCUACGAGUUCCAGAGCGGCAGUGCCCCGGAGCUUUCUGGGCCGAACGUCCAGGCGUUCCUCGAAGAAUUCUGCAAAUUGGUGGAGGAUAAGGGGCUACAAAACCAGAUUGCACUGGAGAUAUUGGACUCGGAGGCUGCCGACCGGACACCGAUGCUCGAGUUUAUUGUUGACCAAGAGAACCACGUUUUAGUCGAAGCUAAAGCGGCACAGCAAUCUGAUUCGCUACGGCCAACCGGCUGGGUUUUUGUCGCGGAAAGGUCAGGCGUAACGUUGAAAGGCAACACGGCAUAUGCUGGAAACUCGGGGGAACACAAGACUUUCACAGAUGGGAAGCCACUAACAAUUGAAAAGUUGGGAAAAUUGGUUCCUGCCUAA